AGAAUCAUCUGAGAGUAAUUAAAUGAGCGAGUCUGAAAUUCACCUGGAUUUAGAAGCAUCUGAGAGUAAUUAAAUCAGCGAGUCUGAAAUUCACCUGAAUUUCAAAGCAUAAAUAAGCAUCACAUACAUAAACAUUAAAAAACAAAAUAAAACAUUAAUAAGGCUGUAAAAGAAAUGUUAAGAAAACGAAAAAUAUUUGCAAGCAAUUAUAUACAUUAUAUAUAUUUUCGCUCAUCAAAUUGCUUCUAGCCCUUGAAGUCACGGAUACUGAUAUACUUAAAUAAUAAUAAUAAAUAACAAAAUAAUGGCUACCUAUUCUAAUAAACAUUGGUUACUAUCCCACAUUCGUAACUCGUUUAUAUCGACUGAUGAUACGGGUAUGUGUGAAACAGUUAUGGUUGAUGAUAUGCCGAAACUUUAUUUGAAAAAGUAUCAUGGCAAUGGAUCUACGCGAAAUCAGCAACAGCAACGUCGUUCUAUGGGAUCAAAUCAAUUGUGUAGGAAUUUAGAUCCACCGUUGCAGGAAGUAGACUUCGUUUGCUAUCCUGGUUUAGAUCAAAGCGACGAUGAGGAUAUUGAUUUAACCACACAAUCGUUUGAUAUACAAAUGUAUCCUGAGGUGGGUGCUCAUCGUUUUCGUUCGAAUACCGCCCAAAAAUUGGAGAAAAUGGAUAUUGCUCGGCGUAAGGCGGCACGUACAAAAUGCGUAAAUUAUGAUGAAGAGGUUACCCCUCCAGAACGCAGUGAUUUCUUUGUACGUAAACAAAUCAACGCCGAACCAAUCGCAAAUCAUCAAAAAGAAGAAUCGAUGAUUAAAAGUAAGCUCUCCAUGCAAUUGGCCAAUAGCCCUAAACAGGUGCAAAACAAAUUUCAAGAAUAUGCUAAAUUUGAUGGAACUUCGCAGAGCGGCGUUCAAACCAAACGCAUUAAUAUAUUUCUGAAUAUGUUAACGCAAAAGGAACGAAAUUAUCCGAUAAAAAUUUGUGUCUUAGCCAGUGCCAAGAUACAUGAGGUUAUCGGUUUCGUUUGUUAUAAGGCUACUUUACAAUAUCCAGAUUUACCUUUGAAGUCCGUACGUCAUUAUGGUUUAUAUAUGACCGAAGAUAAUGAUGAUUUGGAGGAUUUUCCUCCGCUGGACAACCGAGAACCGUGCGCAAAAUUUGGUUUUUCCCAUUUGACUUUAGCUGAACGUAGAAGUCAGAUUUCGUCAAUGCGAAUAGAUCAUGAUCUGAUAAGUGUCCCCACCAAAUCAAUGACUUCGGAAGAAGAAAAGGCGCGUUUAGCAGCUAUGGCUGUACAUUCUUUAAGUUGCACAGGUGUGGGAGCAGAUGGUUUUGUUAAUCCCGAUGAUCGAGAUGAUAUAGAUUCUGGCAAAAAUCCAACUUCGGAAGAAGAACAACGUAUGGAUGAAUUUGAACAACGUAUAAUCAAUCAAGAUGACGUUCUAGAGGCUCCUAUUUAUCGAACAUAUAAUCUCAACAUUAUCGAUAAACUUUUCUUUAAGACUGGAGUUACUUUGGGAAUUUCUGGAGAUCACAUUGAAAUUGAUCAACACAAACAAGGAAAGUUUUGGAAUAAGCAACGGGCAAUCACUUACUCAAUAGACUCGGUGGCGAAUUGUGAGAUUGUCGAAAGGCGUACGAUGAGGGCUGUGGUGCGUAUAUGGUUAAGAACAUCUUCGAGUCUGCUAGCCAGCAAUUUAAAUGAAAACAAAACAUCUGCUAUUGCUAUGGCACAAUCACCCACCAGUCCUAGCCAUCAUACACAUUUCUCGACAUCGUUUAGCUUUCUUAAUAUGUCCGGUAGUAAUGCUUCGAGUCAUAAUCAAUCUGCUUAUAAUCCACCGCAAAUGCGCUUUAAACAUUACGAUUUUGAGGCGUCUAUACCUCUAGCAGAGCAAAUCUAUAAAAAAUUAAAUUGUAUUUUGGAAAUGCGUUCUUCUGAAGUGAGAAGAGAAUUUCUUCACUUGCGUGCACGUAAAUUGGAAAAAAGUCAAGCCAAGAGGCAUCUGAAGUUGUAGUAUCCAACUUUUUGCACUAAAUGCCUAUCGCCGCUUAAUGUUAAACAAUCGCUACGUAAAGACAAAACAAUGCAAUUAAUCAAGUAAA